AUGGCUCUGGGUUGGCUUUCUGAGCCCUAUAGGCCUCUGAGAGUGCCGUUGAUGUGCGGCGCAAUCGCCUACGUUGGCGGAGCCCUGUACUGCUUCCGUGCGAUCUACCUCAACAAGUGCGUCCACAAGCGCUGGGAUCCGGACUGGCACGUCUGGUAUUUCAUCCGCCCCAUCACCAGCACAAUCGCCGGUGCGGUGAGCUACCUCUUCUUGAAGGCAGGCUUGUUGGUACUGGAGUCGACCGCGAACGCCGGAGCAAGCGAAAUUGGAUUUUUCGCACUGGCCUUCAUAGCCGGCUUCAACGUCGACAAGUUCGUGGCGAAAAUUGAGGAGGUCGCGAAGGCGGUGUGGGGCAUUGAUAAAACCCGGAGUGGACAGACUCGGGCUGGUGAGGCGGAGCCGGCCAAACCGCCCACUCCAACCUCCCCUCAAGCC